AUGGCCUUGACUGCCACCGCCCAAUCGGCCCUGCACCGUGAGCCCGCCUGGGACGAGGCGAUAGUGCCCGCACUGCGCAAACGUCUCAAAGACGAGAGCAGCGCGCUCGCCAAGCGCAUAUCCGCCGCCUCCAUGGGCUCCAAUGAGGACCUCUCUCAAGACCACCACCACUACUACUUACCCCCCAUCUCUCCCCCCACCUCCUCCUCCUCGAGCUACGCGCUCCCCAACAGCAAGCCGAGCGCCAUCCCCCGCCCGAGCCUCUCGAGCUCAACAACGUCCCCCUAUCAGCGCUCGCGCGCACUAUCCCAACCGUACGCCGACUUCUCUGUCGACUCGUCCAGCGACCGUCCGACGUCUCCUGCCGUCAACGGGAACGCUUCCAAGAGCACACGCAUCCCCGUCUCGCGCACCAGAGCAGGCAGCACCUCCAGCCAGGGCCACUCGGUGUACAAUGGCUCCAACGGCCGCGCAAACGGCCGCCUCCCCGACCAGUCCGACGCGUAUCUCUACCCCGUCGAAGAGCGCGAGCGGGCUCAACAAGCGCAUUCACAGACGAGCCGGUCCACCAUCCGCCUCCCGCGACACAAGGGAUCCGACAUCUUCCAGGAGCCCCCGCCGUUCUCCUCCUCGCCCCCCCGGAGCCAAGACUACAACCAUGGGCGGAUGUCUCCGGAGCGAGAGAGGAUGUCGUCCGACUCGGAGGAACACCCGUUCGAACACUGGUACCGCGGCGACGUCGCCCGCAACGGCGGCGUCGGCGAGCUCCGCGUCGCGAGACGCCAGGAGAUGCUCGACAUCGCCAACUACGGCCAUACCCUCCAGAGCAAGUCCUCGCUGCGGGCCACCCCGAGCGGCCUUUCAUCACGGGGGGAGCUCAACGGGAGGGUUAGGGGGCGCUCGCGGGCGGACAGCGUCGGGGCGAGGGGAAGCGUGUACAUCGAUCCCGACGAGGUGCACCUCUCGGCGGCGGUGAUGGAGGAGCGGCCGCUGACGGACCUGGAGGACGACGGGUACGAGGACCACCUGGACGACUACUACACCCAAGCCGUGCAGCCGCACCUGAACGGCUCGAUCUCGUCGCCGUCGCUUGAGCGGAGCGACACGCCGACGAGCCGGAUGACCCAAAACACGUCGCGCAGCCGAAUACCGCAGCCGUCGCGGUCGCGGACGACGACGCCGACGCCGAGCAAGCCCGUGCGGAGCGCGUCAGACGAUGCUGCGCCCCCACCCGGCACUUGGCCCGAGGCCCCCCGUCCGGCGACUCAGGUCAAGACACAGGGUUUGCCUCCGUCGAUGCCUUCCCCUGCCUCUGCGCUCUCGGGCUCCAGCCCACCCACGCCUUCGACGCCGUCCGGGAAGCGGAUAGUGAAGAGUCCGACGGGCACCGCUGCGCCCGCAUCGAAGAAGGCCAAGUCGAGGGCGCCCCCGUCGUCGAUGAAGCGGCCCGCAGGACCCCCGCGGAAUGAGGAGAAUCGACGAUCGAUCGGACAGUAUCCGUCGCUGGACGGCGACGAGGACGCGAUUCCCUCAUGGACGCAGCCUAAGCCUGCGAACGGCAACUGGGAUGACGUCGUCCUGCCCGUCGUGGCGCGGAAGCGUGGUCUGCAGGAUCAGUACGAGCACGCGGACGGCAGCCCCAAGCCGAAAGAGCCAGAGGAGGUCAUCUAUGAGCCUGCGCCCGGCACAUUCGGGUAUGAUGCAACCAAGUACCGGAAGCGGAACAGCGGUGGCAUCGACGCCAUCCCCAUGGACGAGUUCGGUCAACGGCCACCACCCUCGCCGCACUCGCCAAAGUCCCCCGAGUUCCCCCAACCCCCGGCGAGCCCAGUCGCGCAACCACCUCCCAUGGAGCACGGCUCGGGCAGUCCGCUGCAGUCGUCGAGUCGGGACCGCCGUGCGGACUCGCCACCGCCAUUCGCGCACUACAUGAAGGAUGGCGCGUCGACGCCCGCACCUCCACAGAUGCAGAUGGAGAUCCUUCCGCCGCUUGGUCCGCUCCCGCCCGCGAACCACAAGGAGCAGAUUCCAGAGGAGGACGUCGGCGGGGGAUGCUGCAAGUGUGUCAUUAUGUGA